CGAAGCCGAAAGCUGUGAUUGAAUUUGUUGCCGCGGGUAGGGGAAAAGCCACAAAAGAUUUUCAAGUUGCAAAAUGUGUAUGGGGAAGCUGCAAUAGGCCGCCGCACGCUCAAAACGUGGCUGUCCAGGAUCAGCCUCAAACUAUUCCCAGGAUUUGCUUGUCACGGCGGUCGCUCAAAGCAGCCUCGCCUUGUAUAAUAUAUACAGUACUUGAUACUUUAUACAUAUAUUACUACUAUUUAUUUAUUUGGACUGUUUUAAUUGGAAAAACGCUGCCUUCAGUCUUCGUAGAGCAGAGUUCCAAUGUCAGGUCAGUUUUAUUGCAAAGACACUUGGGAUGAAAGAGGAAGGAACUCGCUGUUGAGUAAGCGGAAUUUACCCAUUCCGCUUACGCCUCGUGCCAAACCGUCAUCAGAUCAUUCACUGUUCGUCCGCAGACAUGGUGCCAUUGUUUUGGCUUUCUCUCGUUUCUCUCACCUGCCUGCCGCCAAAAGGUGCGGCGGAACCUCAGAGGUGCCUGUCGCAACCCAACCGCGUCAUCUGGCGCGAACCGGGACAAGACGCCGUGAUCCGGUGCAGCGUGCAUCCCGACUGCUCGGCGCGAGGCCUCCGCUACGAGUGGUUCGCUUUCGAGCGCAAAUCCCACGGCCGUCUCGACCUGGCCCACAGGCGCCACAAGUACAGCCUGCAAGAGGCCACUUUACAAGUGAUGUCCCUGACCGCCAACGACAGCGGGGUUUACUACUGCGCCGCCACUGCGCGGGGAGAACCGGCACCGGGGGCGCAGUACGUCGGCCUGGGAACGACUCUUGUUGUGAAGGAAAAGACGAAGCUCAUGGUGGGUCACGUUCUGUUGUGGCUAACGUUCGUCGUCCUGGCCGUCUACAGCUCGGCAACACUGACGCUCAUCAUUCAAAAGAAGUACGGCCUCAAUAUAUGCAACUGCAGGCGAAUACACAAAGGCCACAAGAAAAGCACAAGGAAAACAAGAAUAUUCCACGAUGUGCUGCAAGAGAUGCACCACAGACGCGAGGUGAAGAGGAGCAAACAGACGGCGAGGAGAAGCCCUGCGCCGGUUGAGGUGCCUGCCGCAGACUUAAAUAUCACGCCUGAUGACAUCUAUCAAAAUGUGUAAGACGUGCAUUACAAGUGGAAACAAAAAAGAACAUUGAACGAACGUUGAAUCUUUAUGGGACUGGGAGACGUCACACCAAUUUGCGAAUGUGGCUCGUCGGAAGGCGCACGCGCUUUUUACGGUUUUGCCAUCGUACGCUCACAUACAGGGACUCUUAACGCAAUCUUCUUCAGCGGGCAAUUGUGCACGAUGCGGCCGUACACGGCGGCGGCCCAUGAGCGCAUUUGAUCCCGUCUGCCGUGCAAUUCGAAAAACAAACCUCAUCGGAAUUGUCCUGCAUUGAUUUAACCCAAUAAUGCUCAAUAUGUACAAGGAAACAUUUGUACGUUCAUUCGUGGCAUAUUCUUUCAUUCAUUUAGUAGGGCCCUACCAUUUAAAAAAAAAAAAAAAAAAAACACUGAUUUCUACUUUUCCCCAGAUAACUGCUGAAAAUGGUCAAAAAUGCCAUAAUGGUAAAUCGUCAUAUUUUUUUGUGAACAUUAAAGCUGAAACCCAAUGCUUUUACCUCAUUUUGAUUGUUAAUUUGAAAUGCAGUGUGUUGGUGCUCAAAGGCAAAAUCCUAAAAACAACGUAAACUUCUCGGCCUCCUCGUACUUACUGUAUGCGAGUGUGAAUCGUGUCUGUGCAGGCAGCGCUAGAAGCAAAGACGGGAAGAGUAACCUAUUUUUCGAUAAAAGACUAAAGCCAACUUGUGCUUGUCAUUUGGUCAAGACAGUCGAUCAUUCUACACGUCAAACAAGGCACAUUUGAUCCCAUGACACUCAACUGAGGUGAACAGUUCCAGACACUGGAUAAAAGGUGCAGACACAGGAAUUGAUUUUCCCCAUUUAAUUAAUGCGAAUGGUACAGUCCGUCUGUCCGACGUCAGCAGGAAGCCAAAUAGGCAGAAACACAAACUAGUUGCCCUUUUUUUUUUUUUUUUUUUGCCCCCACUCCGGUUUAGAGCGUUGCCUUGUGGGAGCUAAUGCUGAUAGUGAAUGGCGCUGUAGUUCUGAUGUGUGCUCAUUACAGUGUUGCUGAAAUCAACAAAAAAAAGGCGAACGGAGGCCUUACUUAACCUUUCGCACAGUCCUGCCUGACAUUGGCAUUUUGUUCCUCUUCUUAACGACAACACACGAUAAACUGCGAAAUGGCUGCGUACAAGCAGAUAUAAAGUUGUAAGCAGAUGUAACGUUGUAAUGUGAUCUCCAAAUGGCGCGUGCAACAUCUUGGAAUUCCUCCUGCACGCACGCCAACAAGCACCUGGGAGAACCUGUUGACUUACACAAUUUGGCAAAUGGAAACUUAGCUCCACUUGGCUGAAGUGCACUCCAUUUACCGUUUCGACAUCAAGCUGAGGCAAAUUGGAAAUUGCUCCCAUUUUUAAUGACUUGAGAGAAUAGCAUUUUGACUAGGGGAAAAAAAAAAAAAAAAAAAAACAA